AAAUACUACGAGAAUUAAAAAGAAAUCGAGGAUUGGCCGGGACGGAGAGAGAGAGAGAGAGAGGAGGAGGGUUUGCGCCGCGCUGCUCGACUGGAAGGAGCACAAGUGUAUCGCUGCGAUUGCGGCGCCGGCUACAAGCAGAGCACACAGGGGGGUCCAGGCUAGCCUACACCUACAGAGGAGAGCCAGGGUGUGCCGUACUGCCCGUGCGCGCUGCGGAGAAGAGGGCAGGGGAGGCAGGAAGCAGGCAGCAGCAGAGAUGGAGGUGGGGUUCCUGGGUCUAGGCAUCAUGGGCAAGGCAAUGGCGGCCAACCUCCUCCGCCACGGCUUCCGCGUCACCGUCUGGAACCGGACCCUCGCCAAGUGCCAAGAGCUCGCCGCGCUCGGCGCCACCGUCGGGGAGACGCCCGCCUCCGUCGUCUCCAAGUGCAGAUACACCAUCGCCAUGCUCUCCGACCCUAGCGCCGCACUAUCAGUUGUCUUCGACAAGGAUGGCGUGCUCGAGCAGAUCGGUAGCGGGAAGGGCUAUGUGGACAUGUCCACUGUUGACGCUGCAACUUCGACCAAGAUUAGCGAGGCAGUUAAACAAAAAGGGGGAGCUUUCCUUGAAGCUCCAGUUUCAGGGAGCAAGAAGCCAGCUGAAGAUGGUCAAUUGGUCAUUCUUGCUGCAGGGGACAAGCCAUUGUAUGACGGUAUGGUUCCUGCAUUUGAUGUACUGGGGAAGAAGUCAUUCUUUCUGGGAGAGAUUGGAAAUGGGGCAAAGAUGAAGCUUGUGGUCAACAUGAUCAUGGGAAGUAUGAUGAAUGCUUUGUCCGAGGGACUUUGUUUGGCCGACAAAAGUGGGUUGAGCCCCCAAACACUUCUCGAUGUACUGGACCUUGGUGCCAUCGCAAACCCAAUGUUCAAGUUGAAGGGGCCUACAAUGCUGCAAGGCAGCUACAACCCUGCGUUUCCCCUGAAACAUCAGCAGAAGGACAUGAGGUUAGCUCUUGCUCUGGGAGAUGAGAACGCCGUCGCUAUGCCCGUCUCAGCAGCUGCCAAUGAGGCGUUCAAGAAGGCGAGAAGCCUGGGGCUGGGGGACCAGGAUUUUUCGGCGGUCUAUGAGGUAGUGAAGGGCGCGGGUGGUUCUGGGUCUGGCCAGGCGUGAUGGAAUCAUGUGUGUGACCUUGUUAGCCCGUUUCCAUGCCGAUUUGCAACACAGUCUCGUCUCGCCGUCGUAGCGACGUACGAGUACGUGUAUAUUCAAGAUCUGGAACCAGACCGUACUUCGCAAAAGAAAUAAUAAAUCAAAAGCUGAUGCUAGCUUGCACGAUAACCACGUGCAGACUUAGAGUGUUUUUGGUUCAUGGACGUAACUGAAACCUUCGCCUAAGUUAAUGGUCCUUUGAUGCAUUUAACUCAGGCUAAAAUAUGGCUGAUCCUACAAAUCAGCAAGACUAUUCGGGUGUAACUUGGCACAGGUCGUGACUUGGCAAAUAUGGUCGUCAUCCAUGCAGUA